GGCUAUUUAAGACUAGGCGGGGUUGGAGGUGGCCAGGGGCAAAAUGAGUGGGCUACCGGGCGCCGGGACCAGCCCAGGCCUGGGAGAGGCCUCCGACCUUAAGUUCCCUCUGGGCGCCAAGUUCAGGGAACCUCUCACCGAGGCUCGGUUCCAGCGGCUCUUCGGAGACGCAGAGCAGGCGCCGGAGCUACGCGCGGAGCCUCGCUCGUCCCGACUGUGCAGACGGUGGAGGCGGUUGGCCAGCGCUUGCUCCGGGCCGGGGGCGUGGCGCCUGCUGCGGGCGCGGCUGCCCCCGCUGCGUUGGCUGCCCCACUACCGCUGGCGGGCCUGGCUGCUCGGGGAUGCCGUGGCCGGGGUGACCGUGGGCAUCGUGCACGUGCCCCAGGGCAUGGCUUUUGCCCUCCUGACCUCAGUGCCUCCAGUGUUCGGACUCUACACUUCUUUCUUCCCUGUCCUCAUUUACACCUUGUUGGGGACUGGUAGACACCUGUCCACAGGAACUUUCGCGGUACUCAGCCUCAUGACAGGCUCGGCGGUGGAACGGCUGGUGCCCGAACCCCUCGGGGGGAACCUGAGCGGAAUCGAAAGGGAACAGUUGGACGCUCAGCGGGUUGGGUCGGCUGCAGCCUUGGCCUUCGGUAGCGGGGCGCUGAUGCUGGGCAUGUUCGCGCUGCAGCUCGGCGUCCUGUCCACCUUUUUGUCGGAGCCGGUGGUCAAAGCGCUGACCAGCGGGGCCGCGCUGCACGUGCUCGUGUCCCAGCUGCCGAGCCUUUUGGGGUUGCCCCUCCCGCGCCAGAUUGGCUGCUUCUCUCUCUUCAAGACGCUGGCCGCUGUGCUGACCGCGCUGCCCCGGAGCAGUCCGGCCGAACUGACCAUCUCGGCACUCAGCCUGGCGCUGCUCGUGCCGGUCAAAGAAUUGAACGUGAGAUUCCGAGACAAGCUACCCACCCCGAUCCCGGGGGAAAUCGUUAUGGUGCUUCUGGCCUCUGUGCUGUGCUUCACCUCUUCCCUGGACACAAGAUACAACGUCCAGAUUGUGGGGCUGCUGCCUGGGGGAUUUCCCCAACCCCAUCUUCCCGACCUGGCUGAGCUGCCCAGGAUUCUGGCUGACUCACUGCCCAUCGCACUGGUUACUUUUGCUGUGUCCGCCUCCCUGGCCUCCAUCUAUGCAGACAAGUAUAGCUACACUAUUGACUCCAACCAGGAGCUCUUGGCACAUGGUAUCUCCAACCUCAUCUCCUCCCUCUUCUCCUGCUUUCCCAACUCUGCCACUUUGGCCACCACCAGCCUACUAGUGGAUGCUGGUGGGAACACACAGCUGGCAGGUCUCUUCUCCUGCAUAGUUGUCCUGUCAGUGCUGCUGUGGCUGGGGCCCUUCUUCUACUAUCUGCCCAAGGCUGUCCUGGCUUGCAUCAACAUCUCCAGCAUGCGCCAGAUGUUCUUCCAGAUGCAGGAACUUCCACAACUAUGGCGCAUCAGCCGCAUGGACUUUGCUGUAUGGAUGGUCACGUGGGUGGCCGUAGUGAUCCUGAGUGUGGACUUGGGCCUGGCCGUGGGCGUGGUCUUCUCCAUGAUGACUGUGGUCUGCCGCACCCAGAGGGUGCAGUGCCUGGCACUUGGACUUGCUGAGGGGACGGAGCUCUACAGGCCACUCGAAGAGAGCCACAAGCUCCUCAAGGUCCCGGGGCUCUGCAUCCUGAGAUACCCAACACCGCUCUACUUUGGGACCCGCGGACAGUUCCGCCGCAUCCUGGAGUGGCACCUGGGGCUUGGAGAAGGACGCAAGGAGACUCCCAAGCUAGAUGGCCCACCUGAUGCAGUUGCUGAGCCUGUCAGAGUGGUGGUCCUAGACUGCAGUGGUAUCACCUUUGCAGAUGCUGCUGGAGCCAGAGAGGUGGUACAGCUAGCCAGGCGAUGCCGAGAUGCUGGGAUCCACCUUCUCCUGGCUCAGUGUAAUGGUGAGAGCCUCAGUGCUGGGGACACUGACCCAGGCAGGACUCUUGGACAGAGUGACCCCAGAGCAGCUGUUUGUGAGUGUCCAGGACGCAGCUGCUCAUGCCCUGGAGAGACUGGAGCCUACAGGUCCAAAGACAUGCACAGUGUGGGUCUGACCCGGUCAUUUGGAGUGUGGAGGGCCCCGACAAUAUGUGCGCGAGGAGUCUCCUCACUUCAUGUAACUAAUAAAACAAAGCUGAGAGCCACUGGGGUUCAUGAAGUGAGUCUGGGUGUCCACACGCCGGCCCUCGGUGCCCCUUUCUCCAUGCCCGCGGCAUUGCAGAGACACAACUAA